CCUGUUUCUGACUCUUCCCUAUAUUAUAUUAAACCCCAGAAUCUCCCAAACACAACUCCAUAAACGUAAAUACACUCGCAACAAACGCCCUGAAACCCUCCACAGGUCUCUCGGCAGCCAAGUUCCAAACGAAAACAGUUCGCCCAAAUAGCAUCUCCGUCUACACAAACCAAUCACCAAAACCGUUACAAUGGUUUCUGAGAACACCUCUGUUCCGCCGGCUCCGAAGCUUGCCCUGCCGCUACAGCACUACUUUCAAUCCAAGUCCCAGCCCAAGCCCCAAGAGGCUCCGGUGAUCACCCAGAAGGAUACCAAGCGCGAUCCCGAGCAAGAGCUUCGCGAGAUCCUGGAAUGGGCUCGAACUCUGGAUGGCAGGGAGGAUAUUCGCACGAAGCCAACGAGCGAGCGAAUGGCCCUGCUUGAGGGUCCGGUUGUGGACUUGAUCUGCAACGACGAGGUCGUCGGCGAGAUGCCACUUCGACUCCUCGUAGCCACUUCUGCUGUGGCCCGCAAUGCGUUCAUCGAGAAGGACGGCAAGAAGAUCACCUCAUUCGGCAUCACUCAACCUGGUGUUGCUUUCGCGCUGAAGCACCUCGCCGAGUACCUUGUCAGCGUCAUGAAGGUCAAGACGCGUUACUACGCUCUGGCCGCUACUACGUGUGCUCAAGACAUUGAUCUCCUACUAGUGGCGGACACACUUGGCUGGAGCCGAUACGUCCACAACCUCCAAAAUUAUUGGUGGGCCAAGCUCAAGAACGAGAACGUUUCCACCAUGGGCUUCGAUGCCGUGAGCGCCAUGGACGAACGUGUUAUGACUCACACGGAUCACUUUAAGAUCCUCAGCCUGUUCGUCGAUAACUUUGCUUCGGAUCCAAAGUACAAAGAGUGGCGCGACAAGCUCCCCAACAUCGAGGCCGCAGUGCAACGUCGGGAGGCUGAGCGGGCCGAGCGUCAAAAGGAGCUGAAGGUCCAGCGCCGUCAGGAGAAGAAGGCGUGGGAGGAAGCGGCAACGAAGCAGUAGUUCGAGGGGAACCUUCGACCUGCGCGCGGCGGCCGCUCUGGGGGAUAUGGAAUGGGCGUCUAGAUUCCACCAUAUUGCACAUCUGGUAGGGACGUUGGCUGUUGUCAAGCUUCACCUCCACCCGAUACUACAAAGAUGGGUGUACUGUCUGAAUGGUCAACAAAGAAUUCAAGUUAAUGUUUCGCGACGACGACUGGUAAAGAUGAUUGAUUC